AUGAAAGAUGCGGUAGUUCCCUUAUCAGAAAAUUUGGACCUAAUCGCAAAUAAAAAGUUCGAUUUUAACGAAAAACGUACGCAAGAACUUCAAAGAUAUUAUGACAAGCUUUUAAAUGAAAAAGAACAGUGGAAAAAAGAAGUUAACAACCGAAGAAACAAAUAUCACGAUUUAAGGCAGCAAUAUCAAAUAGCAGCCAAAGCUCCUAGCAGAUCUAGGAUAUCCUAUUCAUCCUUAUUAAAUGAGGAUAUAGAAUUCUUAAAAGGAAAAGUUGGUAUAACAAAACUGGUUGAAAGCCAGAUGAAAUUACAUAAGUCAAUUAAAGAGACACACGCAUUGUUUAAGAGGGCAAUGGAACUAGAUGAUGUUAUACUGAGCUACAGCGAAGACAAAGUUAGGAAAAUAACAGAACACAUACUUGAUAGUAGUUCAGUGGAGACA